AUGCCCCACACCCCACCACAAAUUCGACUCAACUUCAAAUUCAAAGUGUGGGACAAGCGAAUUGCAGAAAGAAAGACCACGACCUCUUUCGUUCCACGCAGCUCUGACGAUAGCCUACCGACACAGGAAGAGCUAUACAUCAUGGCUGGCUCACUCGACUACGCGAAAAUCUGCGGCAGCUGCCCCUCCGGCGAUGGCUGGGGCCCCUCCAUCACCACCGAGACGACCCUCGACGGCGUGCCCUAUGCGCCCUUCUCCAAGGGCGACAAGCUCGGCCGCAUGGCCGACUGGACCACCGAGGGCAAGGACCGUGAUCGUGGCGGACGCAAUCAGUACAACCGCACCUACAGAGACCAGCAAGUCUACGGAUCCAACGCCGCCGUCACCUUCAACGCCCCUCCCGCCGAGGACGAGUCGACCUUUUCCGUCGUCAGCAACGCCCGCGACUCUACCAAGUCGAGAUACGGCCGCGGCGCCGUCUUCACCCGUGGUCGCGGUGCCCGUGGUGGUGCCCGAGGCGAUACCCGCGGUGGACGUGGCGGCGGUCCUGGCGGUCGCCAGGCUGGUGGCCGCGGGGGAUACGGUGGUUACGACCGUGGUGGACGCGGUGGUAAUCGUGGUGGUGCUGGCCGUCGCUUCGGCUGGCGCGACUACGACAAGCCUCAGCGCAACCGCGAUGCUAGCAUCAACAUCAAGGGCGACUGGGGUCUCCUCGAGGAGAUUGACUACAACCGCCUGGGCAAGCUGAACCUCGAGACCGACGAGGGCGAGGACCUCGAGGACUACGGCUUCCUCUACUACUACGACCGCUCGUACGACAAGCAGCCUGUCAAGGGCACCGAGAAGAAGCUCACGGCGCUCGACCGCGCCGCCUACAACGUCACGACCUCGUCGGACCCUAUCAUCCAGGAGCUCGCCGACAAGGGCGAGGCUAGAAUCUUCGCCACUGACACCAUCCUAUCGAUGCUCAUGUGCUCGACGCGCUCCAUCUACCCCUGGGACAUUGUCAUUACCCGCCAGGGCAACAAGAUCUAUCUCGAUAAGCGCGACAACGCCUCGCUCGACAUGGUCACUGUCAACGAAAACGCCAUUGAGCCGCCCUUUGACGCCGCUGACGGCGGCCGCGAUGUCAUCAACCAGCCGCCCGCCCUCGCCGAGGAGGCCACCUACAUCAACCACAACUUUGUCAACCAGGUCGUCACCGAGAGCGAGACGGCCAAGGUCGACAUGGCCAACGCCAACCCCUUCUACAACGCAUCCGAGGACUCGGACCCCCCGGCCUCGCGCGCGUACAAGUACCGCCGCUUCGAUCUCUCCACCAACGACGAGGAGCCUGUGUACCUCAUCGUCCGUACCGAGGUGGAUGCCGUUCAGAAGAACUCCAUCAACGGCGAGGACCAGCACAUGACCAUCCGCGCGCUCAACGAGUUUGACAGCAAGGCCCCGGGCAGUGGUGGCGCUCUCGACUGGCGUGCCAAGCUCGUCUCGCAGCGUGGUGCCGUUGUCGCGACUGAGAUGAAGAACAACUCUUGCAAGCUUGCUCGCUGGACGGUGCAGAGCAUCCUCUCCAAGUCUGACAUUAUGAAGAUUGGUUUCGUCUCCCGUGUCAACCCCCGCUCCAAUGACAAGCACGUAAUUCUCGGCGUCAUUGGCUGGAAGCCCCGCGACUUUGCCGCCCAGAUGAACCUGUCCCUUUCCAACGGCUGGGGCAUCGUCCGCACCAUUGCCGACAUGUGCCUGAAGCACGAGGGCGGCGACGGCAAGUUCGUUCUGCUCAAGGACCCCAACAAGUCGAUCCUCCGUCUGUACAGCGUCCCCGCCGGCAGCCUGGACGAGGAUGAGGAGGAAGAGGAGGAGGAAGAGGAGGGUGAGGAGAAUGACGAGUAG